GGUAAACUUAUCUUUAAAGUUGGUUUUGUUGUUUAGGUUAAUGUAGAUUAAAUGUAAGUUACCAUGUUAAGCCAGAGGAAACAGAAAACAAACCCGAAUGCGAUCGUUGCUGCUGACGCGCUGGUGUGUGAAGAAGCAACACUAGAGGGCAGUAUAACAAUCGGGGCGAACUGUGUCGUUCACCCUAAAGCUGGGAUCUACGCUAAAGAUGGCCCCAUUGUUAUUGGACAAGGGAAUAUUAUUGAAGAACAAACAAGGAUAAUUAACAGAAACCCUCCUGGAGUCACGGGAAGCUCGCCAUUAAUCAUUGGGAAUUGCAACACGUUCGAAGUUGGAUCAGAAUUCGAAGGAAAAUCGCUCGGAAACAAUAAUGUGUUGGAAGCGAAGGCAAGAGUUGGCCCGAACACAACUUUAUCCAACAGUUGUGUCAUCGGUGCUGGUUGUCACGUCAACACUGAAGAAAUACUUCCAGAGAAUACGAUAAUUUGUGGGGAUAAUUAUCUCCGAAGGAUUAACAACGAUAAGUUGCCGUCUCAAACCCCACAACUUGACUUCUUGAAGAAAAUUUUACCAAAUUAUCAUUUUCUUGUUAAACCAAAUAAGCCUGCGUGAUUAAAACUAUGAGACACACACAGAUGUUUGGAGGCAAUGUUCGUUGCCUUGAUAUUUGUUUUGUUGUUGUAUUUAAUAAUGUUGUUUUUGUAUUGUUGUUCAUAUCAAAAUAAAAGUUCCAAAUCAUGAAA